AUGCAUUUCUAGACUAUAUAUCCGGACUGCAGAAGCCGAGCUGUCAGAGCACGGAGCCGGACGCAGAGGGAGAUCUCUCUCAGACUUAACAAUUUAGGGAUUCGGAACUUGGGACACAUCGUCAGCCUUUGUCCUGCAGCAGGCAGUGCUCCGAUGCUGAAGAUGGAGGCCCUGAACAGCACGCACCCCGGCACGGCCGCCUCCAGCAGCCCCCUGGAGUCCCGAGCACCCGGCAGUGGCAGCAACGGGAACGAAUACUUCUAUGUCCUGGUGGUCAUGUCCUUCUACGGCAUUUUCUUGAUUGGAAUCAUGCUGGGCUACAUGAAAUCCAAGAGACGGGAGAAGAAGGCCAGCCUCCUGCUGCUGUACAAGGACGAGGAGCGGCUGUGGGGGGAGGCCAUGAAGCCGCUGCCCAUGGUGUCGGGGCUGAGGUCGGUGCAGGUGCCCAUGAUGCUGAACGUGCUGCAGGAGAGCGUGGCGCCCGCGCUGUCCUGCACCCUGUGCUCCAUGGAGGGGGACAGCGUGAGCUCCGAGUCCUCUUCCCCAGACGUGCACCUCACCAUCCAAGAGGAGGGGGCUGACGAUGAGCUGGGGGAGACUUCGGAGACGCCCCUCAAUGAAAGCAGCGAAGGGUCCUCAGAGAACAUCCACCAGAAUUCCUAG